AUGUGGUCUAAUCCAAUAACAAUCAAACCCGAACUUGGAUAUGAUCUUUUGAACUCUGUGUUAAAUUCGACUUUUCGAUACGGAGCGCUUUCAAAAGGAAUUGACAAACGAAAACCUACUCUGUUCAUUACAACAAUUACAUAUUAUCGCCUCGGACGAUUGAAUCUAUUGCGCCGAUUGGCUGCCGCUAUUCGCCAUCACCAAAUCGACAACCAGAUUCUCUGUGAUAGAUCUGGCGGACGAACCAAAACUUGUCGACAAUUUAUAUGGAUAUUGUGUGAGGAUGACAAGUAUAUCGACAAAAAAAUGAUAGAUUUAUUGGAUUGUUCAAGGAUACCUUACGUUUAUUUUGCAUAUGGACCUACUAAACGACACGGAAGUGCUCAGAAAAAUGCCGUUUUAGAGUACAUCGUUAAUUUAACCCAUGACUUUCGGUUCACGGCAUCGAUCCAUCCAAUAGAUGAUGACUGCUACACGCUACCAGACGCAUUCAAUUUCUUUUAUAAUAUUAAAAAAGUUUCAUUAAUUCCGGUCGUUGGACUGGGUCCGGACGGUAUUGAGUAUGCGAUCACCGAUAAAAAUCAUAUGAUAAAAGAAAUGCGCGCUGGAUUAUCCAACAGAACGUUUCCCGUGGAUUACAAUGCACUGGGAUGGAGCACAACAAUUUUCGAUAAAAUGUGGCGUAAUGGCCAACAUAUGUAUUGGCCAUUUCCUGGGUGGGCUGGUGAAACAGAGUUUCUUGAGCUGUAUUUAAAGCGCCUAAAUGAGAUAUACGUGCCAUGCAACAUGUGCAAAACUAUUUUCUACAACAGACCGGUGCAAGACACUGACAUCCUUUUAACAUGCCCGACACUCGAUUAA